AGGGCAGUCCCGGGGGCGGGGCCAUGACGUUGGGGUCAAGGCGGGGCUUCUUCUCGUUCCUCCCCCGGCUGCGGCCGCCGCGGCGGCGGCUCUGAAUCUCCAAAAGGGGCCCUCCGACUUCUCACUGGGCCAGUCCGGCGCUGGGUGGGAGCUCCCGCCGGUCUCAGAGCGGGACUCCCUUCUCUUCCGAGUUUCAAGCAACUUUCUCCGCCUCUGGAGCUAAAGUGGGCUGGCCGCCGCAGGUGGGAGAGCCCCCGGCCCGGCUCUCCGCAUCUCCGCUGUGCAUUCGCUCUGGGCAAGCCCGGUGCACCCUGGGGGUUCCCGACCUCGACUCUGUGGGCGAGAUGCCUCUGGGACACAUCAUGAGGCUGGAUCUGGAGAAGAUCGCCCUGGAGUACAUCGUGCCCUGUCUGCACGAGGUCGGCUUCUGCUACCUGGACAACUUCCUAGGCGAGGUGGUGGGCGACUGCGUGCUGGAGCGAGUCAAGCAGCUGCACUACAACGGGGCCCUGCGUGACGGCCAGCUGGCGGGGCCGCGCGCCGGCGUCUCCAAGCGGCACCUGCGAGGCGACCAGAUCACGUGGAUCGGGGGCAACGAGGAGGGCUGCGAGGCCAUCAACUUCCUCCUGUCCCUCAUCGACAGGCUGGUCCUGUACUGCGGGAGCCGGCUGGGCAAAUACUAUGUCAAGGAGCGGUCCAAGGCGAUGGUGGCUUGCUAUCCAGGAAAUGGAACAGGUUACGUUCGCCACGUGGACAACCCUAAUGGUGACGGCCGCUGUAUCACCUGUAUCUACUACCUGAAUAAGAAUUGGGAUGCCAAGUUACACGGAGGGGUCCUGCGGAUAUUUCCAGAAGGAAAAUCGUUUGUAGCAGAUGUGGAGCCCAUUUUUGAUAGACUCCUGUUCUUCUGGUCAGACCGCAGGAAUCCACACGAAGUUCAGCCCUCCUAUGCCACCAGGUACGCGAUGACUGUCUGGUACUUCGAUGCUGAAGAAAGGGCAGAAGCCAAAAAGAAAUUCAGGAAUUUAACUAGAAAAGCUGAAUCUGCUCUUGAGUAAAGACUGACUGGUGUGCAAUCCGCUGGCCAUUUGUUUAGUAACAGUUCCUGAAAUGUUAAGUGUCACGAUCCAAAGAGUCCGUGCAACCCCCCCCUCCUGCCCGCAUCGCUCAGCUCCCCACCUUGUUUGUGGUACUUCGUAUUUUCUUGCCGGGACGGGACUGCGUCGACCUUCAGACUUUGCCAGAUGCACUCAUUUGCUAACUCCAGAAAUACCUGCAGACAUCCUAGCUGGCCAGCGGUUUAAUGGAUAGAUUUGAGAAUACAGCUGUUGAGCCCAGGAUUGCCUCUUAUUCGCACUUUAUGUAUAUGUCCUCAUUUGAAAGGAAGAGGUUUGCAAAGAAAUAAAUUGGUGACAGAUGCCAUGAAGAGGCACCCUCAAAACUUUAACUUCCAGCGAGAGAGAUAUCUGAAUGACAUCCAGAUGUUUUUAACCUAAAACUGGACAAUUAUGAUGACCUAAUGACAUUAUCACCUCUAGAAAUGGCUGCUGUCAUAGUGAUCGAUUUAUAAAUGUCCCACAGUGGAUGUCCCUUUUUUUCCUGGCCCUACGACCCAUUCUCUCUGAAGGUCAUUGCUAAAUCAAUGGCUUUCUUGUCGAAGAUGACCCCCAGUAUUUUUGUUCUGCCGCUUCUUACUUGGGGAACCUAAUUAUCUAGAGAAUAAAACUGGCCAGGAAGUUUGGGUUGUUUUUCUGGUAUUGAAAUUUGAAGUUAAAUCAAAGGACAGAAAGCUCCCUGGUAAUUUAGCCUUAGCUUCUGCUAACUCUGUGGGAAGAGCAGAGCCUAGAGGUGUAUGAUUACCACACGCACGACCAGCCGUUCGGGAGGGAGAUGGUGUGGAAGUGUAGAUGCCCCCCCUUUCAUCCGUGUUCCCUUUAACUGUUCAUCGUUCACCACAAAGAACAGCGCGCUGUACCCUUAAAAGAAAUGGAAAUAAACAGACCUCAGAGCUCUUGGAGUUCUUCCGCAUCACCUGCCUUGCCAGCCUCACUUGAGUCGCCUUGAUCCUUGACAGCAACUGGUUGGCAGUGUGGCCAGAGCUGUGGAAUUUCCUAGAACCCGGGAGGUUCUCCUGCUGCAGGACGCAGGUGCCGCUUCCUCCAGGACUCUGUACCAAACACCUAUUUUACAAAAGUUAGCCAUCCCAGUUUUUGCUGCUGCUUCCCCAUCUUUCAAACCUCUUUGACUUCCUUACUAGACUCCCACAAGCAGCAUGCACCUGGAAGUGUUUUAUUUCAUCAUGUUCAGACAUUCAGACUGUCCAAGAAAGAAGCUGAUACUUUUCCUUUAAUUGUUGUGGAAAGUGUCCAGAAAGAACUGUCAUUCCUUCCCCUGUGGCUUUUGUUUGUUUUAUUUAGUAUUUCCCACCUUCUAACUUGCAAUGUCAUUUCCUUAUUUAUUUUGUUUAUUAUCUUGUAGCCUGUGACGUCUAGAGUGUUUAGUACGAAGAAGACAGGAAUUUUGUACGUUUUUGAUCCAUGCAGCAUACUCCCAGCACCUAACCCAAUACCUGGCAUAUAGCAAGCAGGGGCUUAGUAAAUACAUGUUCAAUAAAUUCGGUCUCCUCUGUAA